UAGAUCUAUAAACAAAUGAAUAAUAAAAACACAAAAGUCAAUAACAUGAAAGCAUAAUUGUGGGUUAUUAUACUGCAAUUGUCUAAUGUAUAUUAAUACUUAAUCAGUUAUGUAACUUUUUAUACAAAUUACAAAACAUAUUAGUUUUUAUCAAAUAACAAUAUUCUACAGAAGAUGGUAUUGCAGUGACACAUGUAAAAUAAUUCUUCAAAAACUGUGUGCAAGAUAUAACCAAAUGACCUAUUGACAUUAUCAUCUGAUACUGAAUUGAUGUAAUAUUUUAUAGUGAUAAUUUACCAUAUUGUUACAACAUAAAAAUUGAGACAUUCUGGUGUAAUCUGCCCCUCUAUAAACAUGUAGAAGUGAUAAAUGAAAACAAAUAUUCUUGGGCACAUAGAAUGGAUCUCUCAGAACAACACAAGCGCAAACGAACAUGUCAGUGCUCACAGAAAUUUAAGGGAAAUGUGAUGCCUGUGUCCCAGCCAGUGCGUGCUAAGAGUUUGUUACGCGCAAACUUAGAAAAUUCUCGCGGGCGACUUUUACAGAGCAGAAUGCCAAACAUCAAAGUCUUCAGUGGCACAUCGCAUCCAGAUUUGGCUCAACGUAUCGUUGACAGACUCGGUAUUGACAUUGGAAAAGUUGUCACGAAGAAAUUUAGUAACCUCGAAACAUGUGUGGAAAUAGGAGAAUCUGUUCGUGGAGAAGAUGUAUACAUUGUACAAAGUGGAAGUGGAGAAGUAAAUGACAACUUGAUGGAAUUAUUGAUUAUGAUCAAUGCAUGUAAAAUUGCUUCUGCAUCUCGAGUAACUGCUGUAAUUCCUUGUUUCCCGUACGCAAGACAAGAUAAGAAGGAUAAGGGUGGUGAUGGACGUGACAACAGAAAUUCUAAGAAACAAAUUAUCAUGAAGUCAAACGAGUGGAAAUUCAGGGAUUUUGUGCCCGACCUCUCUACAAGUCGUGCGCCUAUUUCAGCAAAGUUAGUAGCAAAUAUGUUGUCAGUAGCAGGAGCUGAUCACAUUAUUACAAUGGAUUUGCACGCUAGUCAAAUACAAGGAUUUUUUGACAUUCCAGUUGACAACUUAUUUGCUGAACCAGCUGUUUUGAAAUGGAUUAAAGAAAACAUUAUAGAAUGGCGAAACAGCAUCAUUGUUUCUCCAGAUGCUGGUGGUGCUAAAAGGGUAACAUCUAUUGCUGAUCGACUAAAUGUUGAAUUUGCUCUUAUACAUAAAGAAAGGAAAAAGGCGAAUGAAGUUGCUAGUAUGGUAUUAGUUGGAGAUGUAAAAGACAGAGUUGCUAUUCUAGUAGACGACAUGGCCGACACUUGUGGCACUAUUUGUCAUGCAGCAGAAAAGCUUUUAGAAGCUGGAGCAACAAAAGUAUAUGCCAUUUUAACACAUGGAAUUUUCAGUGGCCCAGCAAUUAGUAGAAUUAACAAUGCAUGUUUUGAAGCUGUGGUAGUAACAAAUACCAUUCCUCAAGAUGGCCAUAUGCAGGAUUGCCCAAAGAUACAGUGUAUCGAUGUAUCAAUGAUGUUCGCUGAGGCUGUAAGGCGGACUCAUAACGGUGAAUCUGUAUCGUACCUGUUUUCAAAUGUACCGUAUUAGAUGAAAAUCUUCCUGAUAAUAUACUCUUUCAAACUAUGUAAGGAGAAUGUAAUCUUUUUACAUCUGUUUACUGUUAUUCUUAGUUUAGUUUAAACUAAUUUGCCUAUAAAAUCAACUUGGGAUAAGCACCAAUAUCCCGUUUUUAAUUUGGUAACUAUACAUAUCUUUUUUUCGAUAGACAUGUGUAGAAAGCAAAACAUUAAACAACUAAAACAUACUAUAUUGUCCAUUUCGGAAAAAAAAAGUUAAUAAGUAAUAUAUACAAAAAGAAGUUACAGAGUAAAAUUGCUUAAAAAUAAUUAAAUUUUCGCUAGAUUGUCACUUAAUACGCAGAAUACAUCAUUUUCCCAUGUAGGACAUAUAGUUAUUAUAUUGUUUAACUUAAAUUGUAUAAUUUGUUAUUGCGAUAUGAAAUGAAGUAAUGAUCCUAACAGUUGUGUAAAACUGUAUGAGGACAAAGGGUAUCGUAACGAGUGCAAGUAGCCAUUUAUACGAUAUAUAUAUAUAUAUAUAUAUAUAUAAUUAAUUACGCCGUAGAGGCAUAUCUCAUUUUUUACAGACAUGUAAAAAUUUGCAAUAUGUAUGUACAAUUUAUCAACUGAUAAGCACAUCAGAAUAAUUAACUUUUACAACUCUAGUAUGAUGUAUUAUAAUAUUUUAAUACAUUGUGUACUAUGUUGUAUACAAUAGAAAAAUGAUGUCAAAAAGACAUUGUAUUAUUUUCAAGUAUCUUUUACUACUACAAUUUUUAAAAAUUAACGAGCAAGUCACUAUUUAUAUGAAUAUAUUUCUAUUACCGCAAAAAAUGAUUGUCUCAUUUAAUAGAGGAAAGUGAUUUUAUAGUUGGACUUUGUAUCAAUAUGAUACAAAAAUAUAAAUCAAUAUAAAUACAGCAAUGUUUACAUGCAAAUUUUUCUUAAUUCAGUAAAAGAUGCUACCUGUUGAUGAAUUGGAUAUUAUAAUAAAUAUCUUUAAAAAAUGCAAUUUUAAUUCUUUAUUAUUAUAAUAGAAAAAUUAUGUACAUGAUCAUUUUACUAUUAAUUUACUAUUAAUAUUUUGGAUAUAUUGAUUAAAUAUUUAGAAAUAUUUUAUUUUUUCAAAAGUUAUAUUAUGUAUAAAAUCUAACUGAAACAAGCUUUUACUUCACUAAUUAAAUAUUAAGUUGAUUUGUUUAUUAUUAUUAAUUAUAACAUAUUGACCUACGGUAUAUAAGUUGCAUUAUAAUACUCGGAUAUUAUUAUACACUAUUGAACGGAAUACAACUAAUAAAUAUUGUUCGUUAUAUUGUAAUUGAAAUUGUAACAGUCGAUUGUAAAGAAGUUAUUCAUGACAUAUUUCUUAACUACAAUACCAAAUAUUUUGUUGAUAUGACUAAGAUUUUAUAUACACUUCAAUAUGAUAGAAAUAUCUGAUUUAAUGUGUAACUUAAUUUAUAGUAUUAUGUGCAACAAUUUAUGAUGAUUAAAUUGUGUAAUUUCUAUAUUCAAAAUACAUAGUACGCAAGGUUUUUAUAAUUCGUUUAGACAUACAUUUGUGAGAUAACUUCUUAAAAUAAUAUAAAUUAAAACUUUAUCUAAGUACAAAACUGUUCUAUUUACAUGUCAUUAUGUGUAAAUAAAGAUAUAAUUAUAAAACUUUUAUAUCUGUAAAGAAUGUAUGCUAAAUAUUACUUUCAACAAUUUUUUAAUAUCUUCAAGUGAACGAUACUAUCUUAAAAUCAUAAUUUUUUUAUAUCUGCCUUGUAAUUUUUGUUCUUUUAGAUAAGAUUGUAAUACAAAAAAUUUAUAGAAAUAUACGAAUAAAUAAAUUGAAAUUUUUA